UCUUGAAUUCUUGAUUCAAGAAUAGCAUUUUACACGCAGUUUCAUCGAGGAUUGUCGUUUUAUGUUCUUAAAAGUGUUAUUAUAAACGUGAUAUAAUCUUCAAAAUGUGUUAAUUGUUCUGUACGUGAGUUUACUGAAUACAUUGUGAAAUAACUGUUGCCUUUGUAUCGUUAUCGGCGAUAACCGAUGUGUUUUAGAAGAUAGCACAUGGCAUGGUAGUCACUGCAUCGUUAGCAGCCGAACAACAUGGCGAAGGAAAUAGCAGAAGAAUACGCGUCCAGCUUGGCGGAUCUGACCGUCAACAGCAAGCCUUUGAUAAAUAUGCUCACAAUACUCGCAGAAGAGAAUAUCGAGCACGCUGGGGUUAUCGUUGAAACCGUGGAGAAACAUUUGGAGAAGGUGCCUCCCGACAUCAAGCUGCCAGUUCUCUAUUUAGUUGAUUCGAUUAUCAAGAAUGUUGGUGGUGCUUACACGCAGAAGUUCUCCCAGAUCAUCGUUAGCAUGUUCACUAAGACUUUCAAACAGGUCGAUGAAAAAAUACGUUCACAGAUGUUCAAGCUUCGUGAAACGUGGCAUGAAGUUUUUCCAUCUACAAAGUUAUACCAACUGGAUGUUAAAGUGAACCUCAUCGAUCCUGCCUGGCCGAUACAAGCUCAACCGCACCAGUCUAACAUCCAUGUAAAUCCAAAUUUUCUGAAAAAGCCUCGCCCGCAGCCGGCCGCCAGCGCCGCGGAGGAGGAGCGCAUGCGCAGCGCUCUCGCCAAGAAGGAGCAGGAGCUGCUGCUGCUGCAGCGGCGCAAGGUGGAGAUGGAGCUGGAGCAGACGCGCCGCCAGCUGCAGCUGGCCGAGAGCUCGGCCAAGAAGACGCCCGCUGUGUCACCAGCGGUGGCAGCCACACUGGCAACCACGCCAGCAGCCUCGCCAGUCGUUCCGGUAGUCACCACACGCUCCGUGGUGGUGCCACCGGCUGACCCGCCACUCUCCAUCAAACAGAGGCUCGGGCCGCCCGUGAACAAGGCGGCCACGAGCCGCAUCGCGCCCGUGAGCGCCGCCCUGGCCGGGGCGCGCCGCGACCCGCGCCUGGCGCGCCGCGCGCCGCCCCCGCCCCCGUCCGCGGCCCCGCCCCCGCCAGCCCCGCCCGCCGCGCCCGCGCCCGCCCCGCCCGCCGCGUUCGAGGCGAAGCCGCUGGAGCGCCACGUGACCAAGCGCAAGAACGUGAUCACGAUCGACGUGCGGCCGGAGCCGCCCAUCGACGCCUACCUGCAGCGCCUGCGCGCGCCCGACCCCAAGCGCAUCGACCGCCUCCCGCCCAUACCCAAGAUCACGCGUUCCACUGACGCCCCGCCGUCUAAGCGUAAAAAAGAUUCUACUCGGGAGCGUAAAAAGCGUAAGGAGGAUAAGGCGGCACCGGAGCGGAGGCGUAAGGUCCGAGACCGACCGAAGAGCGAGUGCUCCGCGCCCGCCCCGGCCGCCCCGGCGCCCGCCCCGGCCGCCCCGCCCGCCCCGGCCGCCCCCGUCGCCUUCAAGGAGCUCCGCAACUACCACAAGGAGCGCUACAUGCGCCGCAACAAGCAGCCCGACAGCCCCGACCGCAGCCCCGGGCCCGAAGACACAAGUAAACCAGACUUAGCGCCAGAGAAUAAGGACGUCGAUCUACGAGUAUUGCACCCUGCUAUAACAGAAACAGCCGCGCCUGUUGCGCAGAAAAGAUCUUCUACUGAGGCAGCGGAAGGAAAACUUAAGAAAAAUAAAUUGGAAAAGUUUGACAUCCUCUUCGGAAAUGAAGAUGUCGAUCUUCGUCAGCUACCUCAAGUAGAAGAGAUAAGCGCCCCUCCACCGCCUUCCAUAACUGAGAAAAACUCAAAGGCAAAGAACGAGUCAGAUCACUCUGGAUCUGAUAAAGAAAAAAGUAUUUCUCCGGUCCGAUCGCCGAGAAAAGAUUGGCAAGAAGUUAAAGAAAAGGAAGACACUAAGAAAACACCAUCAAAAUUAGAUCUCGUAAGAGCAAAGUUAGCCGAAGCGACCAAAGUAAAGGAUGGACUUGGUCGACCUUUGUUAUUCAGUAAAUCUCCAAGUAUAGAAAAAGAACGGCGUCGUACACUCAGUUCAGAUGAGACUGACCCACGAGUAGAUAAUGUGGAAGAUUUCGAUGCGGAGGAUCACAAGAAAACUAUAUCUAUAAUCAUGAAUCAGGCGAAGGAACAAUUUAGUGAUGGUCAGCUGGACAAGAAUCAAUACAACGCACUAAUGUACCAAGUUCUACAAUUAAACGAAAAACUAAAAUUGAAAGAAGCAAAACAAAGAGAAUCCUUAGAAGUUUCCAAGAGAAAGCUUAAAGCGCAUAUAAAAGAAGAAAACAAGGUUUCCUCGCCGAAAUCUUCUCCAACGGAGCGAAAUAAAUACGGAGACAUCGAUGAAAGAAUAACGCCAGGCCAUUGUAUGGAUUCUGAGCCCGACGGUCAAAACCAUCAUCAUCAUCUAGACUCAGAUAUGAGGAUGCACCAUAACGGGGAACACAUGGAUGUCAACAAACCAAACAUGGUUCCUUUUCCACCUAUGAUGCCUAUGUUUAUGCCACCUUAUCCGAGAUGGAGAGGACAGCCAAGGCCCAGAAUCGAUGAAUUUGGAAUGCGCCGAUUCAGAGGUCCGGUUCCACCAUUCUUUAGAGGAAAAUUUGAUAAAAGGGGACCACGGCCACCAUUUGAUCCCAGAAUGCCUCUCCUGCCAACUCCAAAACUUGGCAUGUGUCAAGGAGAAAGUCCUCUUCAGCCGUAUGAACGAUCAAUAUCGCCACCUGCGCUCGGCGCUCCCGGCUUCAAUCUUCCACCCACCGAUUAUAAAAUCAUAGAAUACAUCGACCAAGACCCCGUUAAAACGAUACAGAUAGAUAACGUACCUAGAGAGAUACGAUUCUACGGUGAAACUGCUGUAAUUAUGUUAGAUUGGGAUGAUCCUCGCGAAAUUAAAUUCUUGCCGGGCUCUAGAAGAGUAACUUUUGAUAAUAAAGAUUCAGUGGUUUUAUCUUUUAACGAAGGCUAUAAACAAGUAGAAAUUGAUGAUCAAGUAUUCGAUAUCAGAUUUGGAGCUCCUACGAGAGAAUUGUAUAUAAAUGGUCGCUGGUACGAGUGUUACUUUGGUGGUCAGCCAUUAGGGGUGAUAAUCGAUGGUAAACCUCGCUUAAUACAUUUAGAGGGACCAUUGCCUAAGGUUGAUAUCGGCAAAACAAAGCGAACUGAUUUAGUAGCUGGCAAAAUUAAUUUAAUUGUAAAUGCAACUAACAUUUGUCCCGUAUAUUUAGAUGCGAAAGUACAAAAGUUCCACGUUAAUGGUCAAUACUUUACGAUUCGCUUCGUAGAUUCCUUACGUACCGUUCUUAUAAAUGAGCAGCCUUUCAAAGUUGCGUACGGAGACCUUCCUAAACCUAUAUUCGUAGGAGGUGAAAAGUAUUUUAUACGUUUUUCUGCUUUACCUAAGAAUAUCAAACCUGGACAAAUAGAGAUAGUCGAUAUGGAAGGUACGAUGUUAUCAGCUAAAAAGGAGCCCAUUCCAACGACUGAAAAUGAGGACGAAACUAUGGAACCCAAGAUUGAAGUACCAGUAGAAAAGCCGCAAAAGUCCCCAAGCCCAGAAGUAGAAAUGAAAGGUCUCGAUAUGUUGGCGAGCUUGAUGCCAACUAGUAUGGCACCAGCGUCGAGCUCAGAGUACAGCUCCGCUGAGCCAUUGUUUGCCAAACCUGACAAAAUACCUGGCUUGGAAACUCCAUCUGAAGAAAAACCCGCAAAUUCUGUCCCGAUACUAGAAAACAUUAAUGUAAACGAUUUAUAUGCCAAGUUGGUUGCUACUGGAAUAGUGCCAAUGUUAAAUGUAAAAACGGAAGUGAAAAAUGAUAAGACUGAAGAUGUUAAACCCAAACCUAAAGAAGAUAAAAAUUUAAUACAUAAAGUAGAUUUGUUGAAAUCUGAAACUUUAAGAGUCAAGCAGGCCGCGCUCGUGGGCCGGCUGUACGGGGGCAUGCAAUGCAGCGGCUGCGGGGCGCGGUUCCCGCCCGAGCACACGGUGCGCUACUCGCAGCACCUGGACUGGCACUUCCGCCAGAACCGGCGCGAGCGCGACUCGGCGCGCCGCGCGCACUCGCGCCACUGGCACUACGACCUGUCCGACUGGCUGCAGUACGAGGAGCUGGAGGACCUGGAGGAGAGGGAGAAGAGCUGGUUCGAGACGGGCGCGCCGGAGCGCGGCUCGCCGGCGCCGGCGGAGGACGGGCCCAGCGCGGCGGCCGGCGCGCCGCUGCACCACUGCGCGCUGUGCGGCGACCGCUUCCAGCAGUUCUACAACGAGGACCGCGAGGAGUGGCACCUGCGGAACGCGCUGCGCCACGACGGCCUCUACUACCACCCGCUGUGCCUGCAGGACUACAAGGCGUCUUUAACAAAAGACGAGCCGGCUAAAGAAGAAACACCAAUGGAAACGUCAACGGAGGAAGAAAAAACGGUAGAAUCGAUCGAGAUCAAGGAUGAUGAGAUGCGUCCUGAAGAUGAGUCGGACAGCGAAUCAGUUGUGGAGGUCGUCGAGCCUGAGGUCGCGCCCGAGGAGCCUGUCGAGAUCGACGAGGGCGACGAGGACGACGUUGUGCUUAAGGCGGAGCCCGUGGAGCAGGUGGUCGUAGAGGACGCGGACACGGACGAUGAGACCGCCGAGCAACGCACACAGCGCGACCUUCAAGCCGAGAUAGACUUCAGCAAGGUCAAGAUCAAGCAGGAGCCCGUUGACCCCGAUGACGAACCAAUUAUCACAGCGGAGGUGGAAAGCAUUCCACCCGUUAUCGACACCACUCACAACACUGUGACAUCGUCGAUCGAUGGCAACGUUCAACUUGACGAUGCUACCCCAGCUCCGGUGCUACCCCUCGGAGGAAUCAGGAUCAAUAUAUCGAAAUCUAUACCCUCGUUUGUCAACCACGAAGACAAAGCGUCAGAGAAAACGUUAGAGGAUGUCAGUGUGGACGAUGAACCCUUACCCCCUGGUGAAGAACCAGAGUUAGAAUAUAAAUUGAAACCAUCGUUGGAAGGAGUCCACUUAAGCAGACAGCCUCCUGUGCAAAAAGGCAGUGAAUUAUCUGGAUUGUGCUCUAUCAUGUGAAUGUACCAGUGAGUGUCUGUGUACUGAGUGUACUUUUCUUUUGUGACUGAAAGUAUUUUGGAUUUGUCCAAUAGGAAUUGUUACUAUAUCACUGCCUAAGAUUAUUACUAGAGUAGAUUUCUAUUUGAUGAUACAUAAUGAUUAGAUUAAGUUUUGCUUCGUUUCAUAGCAUUCUUAUUUUUGUGAAAAUUAUUUAUUUAAUCAAAAACGUCUUAAGUUGGCAUCUUAUAUUUUAAUUUGCAUAAAAACUUUUGGUUAGUAUUAUAAAAAAUUCAUUGAAAAAAACUUUCUCAAAAGCAAAAAAAUGCCAUCACAUUGAUUAGGUAUUUUAUAGCAAUUGUUGGCAGGAUUUUAUGAAUGAUCCUUUAACAUCAGUUUCUUACAUACAAAUUUUCAUUAGUAUGUAUUCAUUUUCCUACCUAUCUAGAUAGCGUAAUAGCCUUUUUAUUCUCAAAUAUUUCUUAUGUCUACUAUAAUUGUAGUUCUACAAUAUACAAAAUAUCGUCCACAAAUAUUAACUUAAUAGUAAGUCCUAACAUAAUGUUUGAUUUUAAUGUUUAUGUUAUAUUCUUCCAACAUAUUGUUAGUAAACAAUUACCAUUUUGUUAAGAAAUGUGAUAUUAAAAUUAAGGUAGCCUAUGUAUACAUUUUGAAGUGUGAAUAUUUUUUCUGAUUAGAUGUAUGUUAUCACAAUGUUUGUUAAGAUUUGUAAAUAGGUGUAAAUAAUGGUUAGCGUACCUAUGUACAGUGUUUACACGGUUUUAAGUUAGGUAAAGGAAUCUCUCGGUAUUAUUUUUCUUUUGUCAUAAAUAAAAUCUAUUAAUUAUAGCAAGAAUGUAGAAAUCCACCGAAAUAAUACAUUUGAAUUUGUAAUAAAUAUUACAAACAUGCGACUUGUUUUAUUUUAAUCUAUAUUAAAUUGCUUUCAUUUUCACAUGCCUUCUUUUAAUUUUACGUAGUUAAGUGCCACAACAUUGUUUACUUCUUAAAUAAAGAUAAUUUUAAUGAUUA